GCACAGAGAGGCUCCCCAAGGCAGGAUCUGUCCUCUGGCUCUUCUUCCUCUUCCUCGGCCUCUGAGCCAUGAGCGAAGCCGGUGAGGAGGCGGAGCAGGAGAAGCCAAGUCUCAGGCUGGAGGCUGCGAUCCAGAAACUAGAGGACACCAUCCUCCAUCCUAAAGCAAGCCAAGAUGACAAAGCAUUGACAGUGCGAGGGGAAGGAGAGAGAGCUGUACCCACAACUGUGCCAGCCAGGAUUCGACAGAUCAUCACACAAAGUUUGUCUGAACCAUUAUCUCAAGAUUUAUCUAGAACAACUCUUCCAGUCAAUAUGCAAGAAGAAAACCGCCUGCUGCAGAAAGAGCUCUCCCGCCUUGAGGAUCUGUUGGCCCAAACCCGUGCAGAGAAGGAUGAGCUGGCUAGCAAAUACCAGGCCAUUAAUGAGAGGCUGGAGCAAGCACUGCGAGGAGAGGUAGAAGGAAGCACAGUGUUCCAGCAGAUGAAGCAGCAGUUCAAAAAGGACGAGAAGGCAUACAAGCGCAAGCUGCAAGCCUUCCAGGAUGGGCAGCAGCGCCAGGCUCAGCUAGUGCAGAAGAUGCAGAACAAGAUGUUGCAGUACAAGAAAAAAUGUGGGGAUCUGGAACAGCAACUGUUGGGGAAAACAUCUGAGUGUGAGCAUCAGAAACAGAUGCUACAGAUGAAGUUAGAUUCAACAGAAUCGCGUUUACGCCACUUUGAACACAAUCAUAGUGCAGAACUGGAAAGUACGCUUGUCCAUCUGGAGGAAGAGCAACAGAGGAGUACCAGCCUUUCCCAGAUGAACACUCUACUUCGGGAACAGCUGGAACAGAUGAAAUCCUCAAAACAAAGACUAGCAGGAGAACUAGAGAGGGCAGCUACAGAUGUGCAGAAGUUGAGGAGUAAACUGGAACAUAAGGAAUCCCAGUGGCAAAAGGGUGGAGAGAGCUACAGUUCAUAUUUAAGCAAUGAACACAGUGGGAUCCUCUUGCUAUGGCGUCAAGCUGCCACACUCCGUGGUAACUUUGCAGAGCUCCGCACAACAGUAGAGAGGGGUCUUGCAGAGGCGGGAACUGAUAUGGCAAGAGCUGCCCGCCGCCUCCAAACUGCCUGUCUUAAUUUGGAUUCUAACCUGCGUCUCUCUGAGGGUAGCUCUGUCUCCCUACUUGAAAAACAGCUUCGGGAUAAAGUUCGUGAGAUGAUCCAGCUGCAGAGCUGUUGGGAUGGAGAAAAGGCUGAUCUAAACUCAAGGAUUACAGAGCUGAACAGUUUAGGAGAUAAACUUAAAGAACAGAACACAAAGAAAGAGAAGACCAUCUCUGCCCUAAAAAUGGACAUUCAGAAAUUGGAGGCCAGUAAGACUGGAGACCAAGAAGAGGUGAAGGAUCUGAAAGAGGAAAUUGAAUCUUUGCAACAUACCCUGAACAACAUCACAAAGCUCGCUCUGUCUGAAUCCAAGAGCACAGGGUUAAUCUCUCUGGAAAGUGCCAAAGCUGCAUCAGAGGAAGACAUCUUACGGCACCUUUCUUCUCUACGCUCUAUCUCUCCUCGUCGCCGGCGAGCAUCACCAUCCAGGACACACUCACUAUCAUGUCAGAACGAAGCACUGCAGGCAGUGCAAGUUGUUUUUCAAAAAUCACAGCAGCGUGAGCAGGAGUUGCAUGUGCAGAUGGAGUCUUGCCAGGAUGACCUGGAAUCUGUCAAGAAGCAACUCUUGGAAUGCCAGCAGGAAACACAGAUUGCAAAACAGCAGCUUCAAGAACAGAGGCAGGAAUGUGAGUUGCUGACUGGGAUGGUGGAGGCUUCCAGACGGGAGCUGCAACGCUGGAAAACCUCAGUGGAGGUUCUAGGAAGAGAGAAAGAGGCCUUGGAGAUGGCAAUGGAAAGCCUGACUCAGCAGCUUGAUUCCUCCCAUCUGGAAGUAGAGCGGCUAAAGACUGUGAAUGGAGAGCUGCAGAGACAGCGAAAAGUUCUGGAGGAGCAGAAGGAGGAUGUAAUUAAAGAAAGGGAGAGAAUGAGGAAGGAGCUUGAACGAGGGCAGAGGUCCCUGGAGCAACUUGAAGAAAAGAUGUCAUCCCUGAAGAAGGAGCUGGUCACUGUCAAGGAGUCCCUGAAUCAGGCCAUGCUGGAGAAGGAUGUACUAGAAAGUGCUAAGGAAGGUUUGAGUAGAGCACUUUCCAAAAUUGAAGCCACCAAUGCUGAGCUUGAGCUGUCUAUACACAAGAUGAAAUCAGAAGAUGCUGAGCUGAGGGACUCACUGGCCAAGAUGGGAGCUCUCAAUGAAGGACUGGCUCAUGACAAAGUGAACCUCAAUCACAUAAUUCUACAGCUUGAAGAGGAGAAGAGCCGACUGCUAGUCAGGAAGCGGGAGCUGGAGCAAGAAAAUGCUGUUUGGCGUGAGAAGCUUGCACAUUUAGAACAGGAGCUGCUGGGCACAAGGGCAGAGAAGCAAGGGCUAGAGCAAAGUUGUCAGGCCUCAGAAGUGAAGCAGGAGAGGCUGGAAGAGGAAAUGGCCUUGCUGCACAAGGAAAGGGUCCAUUUACAGGACCAAAUAAUGCAGCUGAACAGCCAAAAGCAAACUCUAGGUGAGCAGCUAACCCAAAGUCACAGAGAGAUGGAGAUGCAAGCAGACUCUUUGCUCCGUGCGCUACAGGAGAAGGAAGAAAUGACUAAAGAAAAGGCACAGCUGGCUGUGGAGCUCACUGCACUGGAGAGACACAGGAAAUUGUUAACAGAGGAGGCGGAUAAUCUCAGAGUAGAGAAGGAAUCCCUGGAAACUUCCCUUUUUGAGACACAAGAACUGGCAGCACAGCUGGAGGCUCGAAAGGAACAACUAGAAGGAGAGAAUCAAAGCACUGACCUUUCCAGGAAAGCUCUCCAAGUGGAAUUGGGAAAAGUUCAGCAUGAACUUGAGCUCCAAGAAACCAAACUAAGGAGAGAGAUAGAGAUGUUGAAGCAUGAGCUAACUCAGAUCGAACAAGACUGUCAGCUGGCCAUGAAGAAACAAAAGCUGGGUUUUGAAGAGGACCUUGAACAUUUCAGAAAAGAGAAGGAGAGCCUGCGUGUGAGACUAACUGAGGAGAAGGAAGAGGCUAUACAUCAUCUUCAGCAAGAGAAGGAAGAACUCAUAUCCAAAUGUGAAGCUGAGAAGAGAGAACUGUUAGAGGAAAUCUUCACAUUACAGCAGAAUAGGGAUGAAAGCCUCAUUCUACUGGAAAAUGAAAAGCAGAAGGCUAUAUCCCAGAAGGAAGCAGAGAAGAAUCUCCUUUUGGAAAAGGUCAAUGAGUUGCAGCAAGCACUUAUGGCUUCCAAGUCAGAGAUGGACCGGGUAAAACUGGAAGCUCUGAACCGCCAGGAACAUGAUAAGAACACAGUUGCCAGCAUCACCAGUGAGUUACGGACUUUUCAGGCACAGUUUGAGGAUGCAAUGGCUGCCCACCAGAAAGAGGUCAAAUGCUUGAAUGAACAUGUAAAGGAACUGGCAAGAGAGAAGGAGCUUGUAGGGAAGGAGGCAGAACAACUAAAAGGACAGCUCCGGCUGGCAGAGGACACUCAUUCAGAUCUUCGGAAGGAACUAAGAGAGCUCCACCACAUGCUCCAGGAAACUGAAGAGGUCCGUGCUCACCAACAAAAGGAGCUGCAGGAAAUUCACAGGGCAAUGGCAGAUGAGAGCAGAGAAAAGGAAGCACUACAGAAGUCUAACACUGAUCUCAGAACAGCGAUCAAGAAAGCAGAGAAUGAGAGGCACAGCUUGCAGAGAAUCAAGGAGGAGAAGGAGCAGAAGAUUGCUGUUCUGGAGGAAGCAAAAGCUGCCAUUGAGGGAGAGGUAAGAGAGCUCCGGGCAAAUCUGCAGGAAGUGGACAAGUCUCGCAUGGAUGCUAGAAGGGAGUUACAGGAGCUGCGCAGACAGGUAAAGGCUCUGGAGAGUGAGACCAGCAAGAGAGCCCAAGAAAUCAGUGAACUACAGAAUCGCUUAAUCCAGGAAGAACAACAACAGCAGCAGUCCAGCAAAGGGGCACUGGAACUGAAGCAUCAGAUUACUGGAUUGGAGAUUGCCCGUGAUUCUGCUAACAAGGAGGUGUUGAACUUGCAGAAGAAACUAUCUGCCACAGAGACAGAGGCUCAGCUCCGAGAGCAAGAUUUCACACAGAGCCUUGCAGAGAGUCAUGUAAAGGAGAAAAAGCUGAAGCAAGAUCUCCAUAACCUGGAAAUGAAGCUUCAAGAAGCCAGCAGGACAAGCGAGAACCUCCAGAUGUGCCUGAGCACCUUUGAGGGACGCACCCAUGGCUUAGAAAUAGAGUUAGCCAAAGCUGAAGCAGCUAAGAGGGAGGCUGAGCAGAAGUUGGUAGCACUGCAUUCAGUCCUACGCCGCACUCUGGGGCUUGGCAGCCGGAGUCCAUCACCACAAAGAUCUUGCUCUCCAGUCAAAGGAACCAGUGGCCGACAAACUCCUGCAUCCCGCACUGGGUCUCCUGAGAGGAGCCGCUCACAUUCCCCAUUUCACCAAACUUCUCCUCUCAGAAGUGAGCAAGCCACAAGUGACAUUGACCCAGAAGUCGUUCGUGAUGCUUUGAGAGACUUUCUCCAGGAGUUGCGGGACACUCAAAGAGAGAGGGAUGAUCUAAGAAUUCAAGUAAUGAAUCUGAGCCAGCAGCUGAAUGAAAUGGAGUCUGACCAUGACCGGACAAAGAAUCGUAUCACACAACUCCAGAGGUUCUUGGCAGACUGCGAGGAAGGCAAACGAGGAGCAGAUGGGCGUCUGAGCAGUGCCCAGGCAGCCAUAAUGCUUCAAGAGGAGGCCAUUCGGAAAGCAGAAAGGGAGCGACAGGCCUUCUCAGAGCAGACAGCAACCCUGGAACGCAACUUGCAUAUUUGUCAGGAGAAGAACAGAGAACUGCAGGAGAAAAUCAAUAAAUUGAAAGCCAAAGAGGCCAAGCUAGAGACAGAGAAAUGGAAACUAAAGGAAGUCCUGGAGGCAGCAGAGAGUCGGGCCACCAAACUGGAGCUGAGUCGGAGGGCUUUGGAAGGAGAAGUGCAGCGAUCCCAGCUCAGCCUGACCGAGAGGGAUACAGAGAUCCACUCUCUAGAAGAGCAGAUCAAGGUGCUCCAUUGCCAGCUGGGAGAUGGGGAAAGCAAAACUGCACUGCUGCAGCAGGAGCUUGAUCACCUGACACACUCACUGGCUAGGACAGAGGGCACUGAAUGCCACUUAAAAGACCGAGUGCAGAGUCUGUCUCAGGCACUGUCGGAUGCUACAGCUGGCUCCUCCUCCCUGCAGGAGAAUAUCUCCCAACUCCAGAAGGCCCUGAGUGCUGCAGAGCAAGACCGCCGGCUGCUCCAGGAUCGCUUGGAUUCCAUGCGGCAGGCAUUGUCAGACAGCAAGAGGCAGAAUCACAGCUUGACUGACACAGUUCACUUGCUGCAAGAUCAACUAGGUGAGAUGGAGCUGCGAUACAGAAAUCUGGAGGAGCAAGUAGAACAUUUUCAAGAAGAAGACAAAUUCAGGAAGGAGGAUGAUACUUUCAGACUGAGUCACAUGAGGGGGCAGCUAGACCGAUCCGUCAGCAGCCUGCAGCAGGAAAUGGAGGACACCCUCAGGCAAAAUGAAAAUCUGCAGGCCCAGAUUGCAGAUCUGGAGCAAACACAUGCCCAACGACUGGUGGAGCUAAGAUCCCGGCAUCAGCUAGACAUGGAGAUGGAAGCAGAGAAGCUGUGCAGUGCUCAGCUCCAAGCAGAACGAAUUCUGGAGUCCCGUGAGAGAAUCCAUCGGCAGAGAGUAAAAGGCUUGGAGGAACAGGUGAAUGCUCUGAAGACCCAACUGGACCAAGAAGUAAGGAGAAGGCAAGCCUAUCUUAGCCAGAUGCUUCACACUGUGAAAUGAUUCAUAACCAGACCCUGUGCUCUGAUUUGGAAUGAUCCAGCACAGACACACCAGCCUUCAGCAAGACCCUAUCCAGUUUAGGCACUGAAUUUUCAUUCUUUUGCAUUCGAGCACUCAAAUGAAGCCAGGGUUCUACAACUACUAAUUGUAGCAAGUAAUGGUUCCCCCCCCCCCCCAGCCAACACAUGUGAAUAUCUUGAACACUUGGAAGAUGCAGUAAAGACAGCAAAUGACUAGGCAUAUUGAUGCCAAGAGGAAACCCUGCUGCGGGGGCAGCUGUUCUCUCUAAGAUGCUUGCAAACUAGGGCACUGAUGCUUAACUAAUUAAUUUAGUACAUUUGACAAGGAGGGGAUUCUCAGUUGCUUAGUGUAUCCCCACAUGAUCUCUGCAAGCUUCUGUAUCCAGGCUGUAUUUACAAACUGUAAAAUUCUGCAGACCUGAUUGGAGCACAUUUUAUUUAAAUACCUCUGCAUUUGUGUCACUCACCAAGUGAUUUUAUUUUCCUUUAGGGUUUGUCAAGUACUUUCUGAUGCAUCAUGCAAUAUCAUAGCUGUACCCCUUCACAUAAUGACACACAUAAUAAUGGUAAUUGCUCCAUCAUUGUCAUCAAAAAUUCAUACAUUGCAUGGCAUGCCCUUCUCAAAACAGAGAAGGCAGGUAUUUCUGCUGGCAUCAGAACUGCACUAGGCACUAGGCAGAGAUGUUAGGAAGCAAAGUGCAAUGAUGCCCAGGGAUUGAUCAAAUCCUUUGCUGUGUCUAGGAACAUCAAGCCAUUUUCACGGUGGCAGGUGGCUGAGAUUAACUCGAAGCCAAGUCAUCUUAUGAUUUGCUGGCCCUAAGAUAUGUCAGAGUGUUAACAUUCAACAUUCCACCCACUCUGCCGGCUGACAGGCUCCAAGGAAAUCCCUUUAGGAAUCAAACUUUAGUUUCCUUGGUGAUGACAGGGAGCCAUCUUGGAAGUUGCUGUGAACAUCACCUGUUAGCAUUGUUCCACAUUUUUUCCUUGUGAAUGUUUGUUUUUCUGAACAUGUACUCCAGAUUAUUAAACAAAAUAUCCUAAUGAUACGAAGGACAAUUUCUAGCAUAUUAAUAUACCAACGCUGUCCUUAGCUUUGCUAAGUAUUACUAAAUUACUGAGUAUUGGUUUACUUAGUAUUUGCUUUAUAGUACAAUGUUAGCAACAAAAAGAGUUUUAUAGUCCUUCAAGAAAUUGCAGGUUUCUUUUCAUAUAACCUUUCAUGUGAAGUAAGGAUAAGAUUUGGUACAUCUGGUGAGGAAGACUAUAGUCCACAAAAUCUUUAUGUACAAAAAUAAACCUAUUACUGUUCA